UCGACUGAUCAUCCAUAGCCCUCUGGGGUAGAGAAUCCAAAGAUUCACAACUAAGUGAAGAAAUUUCUCACCUCAGUCGGAAAUGGCUGUCCUCUUAUCCUGAGACUAUGCCACCUAGUUCUAGACUCUCCAGCCAGGGGAAACAGCCUCUCAACCUUAAUGCUGCCAGACCCUCUCAGAAUCUUGUAUAUUUCAAUGAGAUCACCUCUCGCUUUCUUAAGCUCCAAAGAAUAUAGGCCCAUUCUGCUCAAUUUCUCCUUAAAGGACAGCUGUUGAACCUCCACUUCCAAAAUAUUGAGAUACCAGGGCUGUCAAAAGCCUUCCACAGUACAAUUAUUUUGGUUGAAACCAUCACCAGAAUUUGAUCUACACUUGAUUUGCAUUUAUACUUCAAAUGCAGAAUGGCGACCAUCUUGAUAUUCAAGACAAAAUUGACACUGGCAUACUAAACCUCACAAGGGUUGACAAAAUAGAGGAAGAUGGUCAGCAAUCAAGUUGUACUGGAGUCAAGGACAGCCCCUAAAAACUUGUUGGAAGAGAUGCACAAACUCCGGAUCUUAUGCUACUUCUGUGAUGUGACAGUGCAGAUAGAGCACCAGGGCAGCAAAGAGGAAUUUGUUGCUCACAAAGCUGUGUUGGCAGCAGCCAGCAGUUACUUUAAGGAGCUAUUCCUUAAUGAAAUGGUGAACACUAAGAUUACUAUUGUUACUUUGCAAGACAUUUACACAGCAGACUUUGCCUCUUUCCUGGAUUUUGUAUAUACUGCAAAAGUGGAGGUUGAGGCCGAGAGGGUACAAAGAUUACAGGAGAUUGCUGAGAAAUUGAAGUGCAGGGAACUGGCAGAAGUCUGCAGUCAAGUAAAAACACAGAUACUUGAGUCAGCUUUGAUGGACUUGGGCAAUUUGGCUGAUUCCCAGGGAGUAGAGGAAAUUAAAGGCAAUAAACAGGACAGUGAUUCUGUCUCUGUUUCUUCUCAGAACACAUCAGCAAUUCCUUCGGAACACAAUCGUCAAGUAUCCACUGCCCGAGAUGUUUCAGAUGAAGGAAAAUCUCAUAAGCAAGGUUGUAAGCCAUUGCUAGCAACCAGUAGAACCAAAGGAUGGGAAAAGUCAGAAAAGGAGAAAAAAAUGGGGAAAUCUUUCAGUGUAAAAGCGAAACGAGCCAGUGGAAGGCUGGCAGGACGGAAGGUCUUUUUGGAAAUCCCCAAAAAGAAAUAUACACGUAAGCUUCGCGAGCAAGAGAAGGUUGAUCAAAAGUUGGAAGAGGAAUCUGGAAAACUGACCUGUGUAGAUGAUAACAACCAAGAGAUUGAAGACCAAGUUAAAAAGGAAACAAUGACAGAAAUUGUUGAAGAGCCAGAUGAUGAAGAUGAGAUGAUGGAGGGGGAUGAUGAUGAGGAUGAGGAAGAAGCCGAGAGUGAUGAUAGUGAUUUUGAUUUGGAUGAAGAUACAAAAAAGACACCUGAUGAGAUUGAGAAGAAGAGAAGAGGUGGAAACUUCAAGUGUGACAAAUGUGAAAAAGAUUUUCAGUAUGAGAAAAGCUACUUGAAACACAUAGAGCAGAAUCAUGGUGUUACACCCGAAAUCAUUUACCGCUGUGAGACUUGCAACCAGACAUUUGCUAAUCGGUGCAACUUAAAAAGCCACCAAAGGCAUGUCCAUGUUGAAGAACGUCGCUUCCCAUGCUCGCUUUGUGGUAAAAAAUUUAAAAGGAAAAAAGACGUGAAACGGCAUAACCUUCAGGUUCAUGAGGGUGGUGGAGAGCGCCAUUUAUGCUUGCAAUGUGGUAAAGGACUCAGUUCCAAAACUGCCUUGAGACUCCACGAAAGGACACACACUGGAGAUAAACCUUAUGAGUGCACUGAAUGUCAUGCAAAGUUUUCUCAGCCGUCUGCACUGAAGGUGCACUUGAGGGUCCAUACAGGUGAAAAACCAUUUGCCUGUGAUGAAUGUGGUGCCAGGUUUACACAGAAUCAUAUGUUGAUAUAUCACAAGAGAUCUCAUACAGGUGAAAGACCCUUUAUGUGUGAAACAUGUGGCAAGAGUUUUGCUUCAAAAGAGUAUCUGAAACAUCAUAAUAGAAUCCAUACUGGAUCAAAGCCAUUUGUCUGUGAGAUCUGCUACCGAGCUUUCGCACAAAGAAAUUCUCUUCACCAACACCUUAGAGUUCACACAGGUGAGAGGCCCUACUGCUGUGACCAAUGUGGCAAAAAGUUCACGCAACUGAAUGCUCUACAACGCCACUAUCGUAUACAUUCAGGAGAGAAACCUUUUAUGUGCAGUGCAUGUGGGAGGACCUUUACUGAUAAAUCUACACUCAGAAGACAUGCUUCAGUUCAUAACAAGAAUGCACCAUGGCAAUCCUUCCUCGUCAUUUUGGAUGAGGGCUCUAAAAAGGGCCAUAUUCAAAGAACAGACCUCCACCCAUUUGUUGAUUGCGAGCAAGUUGCUCCUUCAGAAGCACAAGAAGAAUCAGCAUCUUGUCCAGAAAUAAUCAGUGACCAAAAUACAGUAAUGCUCCAUGGAAACAUCUCUUUACAUGAACAGCAUACAUCUGGUACUUCAGAUUGGAGGUCAGCUGGUUUGCCUUCCAUCACUAUGGUAACUCAAGCAGCCUCCAUGACAGCCACUUUUAAUGACCUUGCUGUACUCCAUGCACCAGCAGAUUCAGUGCAGCCUCAUUUGCAUACCUUGGCUAAUGUUGAACAGCUAGGUGCUGCAAGUACACAAGCUUUAGUGCUUGACAGCAAUGCAUUGGAAAAAAAUGGGACCCCUAGCACAAGCAUUGUGACUACAAUUUCUGUACCUGCAUGCCUAGCCAUGACUAGUCACAUCAGUAACAUGUUAACACAUGCAGCUGGGGUUGGGCAAAUGCAGAGUGGAACACCUGUCACCAUAUCAACAGGUUCUUCACAGCUAACUGUUAUGCAGACUGAUAAUCUGCCAACAUUGCAGAGUACAGUAAAUGGAGUGACCAGUAUGCAGAAUAUUCAAAUGUAAACUAGUAUUAAUCAGCUGUAUUGUUUCCACUAUCCCCUAGACUUAUGAAAUAACUUUAAUUGAUCUAAAUCUAGAUUUUGGCAGGGAAAAAGGAAUAAAUUUUAAGUUACAUUUUGUCGUCCUUUGGUUAUCUGUGAAAUAUUUGCAAUUUUUACUCACUGGGCUGCAGCCGAAUAAUCUGGAGCAUCAAGAGCACUGAUUUAUUCCCAUAACUCCUUUUGAACCUCAUAGAGCUGCAAUUUAGUUUCUUUUUGCGCUUCCAAUUUUUUCCGAUACCUUUUGUGCUGAGCUUUCCGUGAAAUGUAUUUUCUUAAAGCAAGUAAGUUUUAGUAACCAGUUAAGCUUUGACUGUUGGAUGUUGAAGCAUCAGAAGAUCUUUUAAUCUAAUAUGAUUUGACCUGUUCUCUAGAACAAAUCCCGUGAUGCUAAGUGUUUAGUUGUUCUGUUGUUACACGGGAUAAUUAAUCAUUUUUAAAUAUGACAUUCAUUGUGGCAUAUUAUAUGGCACAUAAUUCUUUGAUAACCUGAACUGCAUAUUUAAGUUUUUGUCAAAAAAAUCUGUUGGUUGACAAUGGGCAAAUUUCUUAGUUUUUUGGGACACCCGUAGCAUUUCAGGCUCAUAGCCUUACAAUGUGGGUAACAGUAUUUACACCCCAGUAUCCCCCAUGGUAAUGCACGUGCCUUUUAAUAUUGUGUAGGUAGAUGAGUAGCUUGAAGGAAACAUUGCUAUUUGAGUUCACGUAAUUUUUUUUGGAAGUCAUAAAACCAAACACAAAUGUAUGAAUCGAACAUCUUAAGACUCGUUUUAAGAUCACAAAUUUCCACCAAAGUCUUGAAGCUAUUGCGAAUCUUCAGUCAGAAUGAUAAUUAAACCUGUAAAACGUAUAAAGUGGUAAUCUAGAGUGUAUUAGGCAUAUAAAGAAUAUUUGUAGUAGGAGAAAUUUGCUUCACUAUAUCACAAUGUGAUAUUAGGGUUUCGUGGACAUCUUAUAAACCUGUAUUUAACUUUGAUAUAAUUUUUGAUUUUUGCAAAUCUCACAAAUGCGAUUGUAGAGGAUGUCUUGUCAAGUCAGAAUGACAUGGAGUUCUCCUUGUAUCUGUGUGCGCUAACUUAUUAUCUCAACAGCUUCAAAAAUGCUUUUUGGAAGUUUAUCAAUUUUUCUGAUUGACUUUUUAUUUGUCAGAUUGUGAGCACUCUUUUGGAAAUGAAUGUGAUGGGGCCUCUGACAGAGUUUGUAAACACCAAUAUGUCCUAUCAAUAACGGGCAAACUCGUCAUCAAUUUGUCCUGACUUCCUUCAACCUUAUUUCAUUUCCACUUACCAACUCAGCAUCUGGUCUUUUUGGAGGAAAAAAAACUUUAGAAAUUUAUCAAUCUAAUUCAAUAUCUUGAUAAACACUCUGUGUCCUUUAAUCUAUUUACCUAUUUCAUUUAAAAGUUUUGAAUGAGUGCACCAUACUUUGGAAGUAGAAAGGUAGUCAUUGCUUUCUUUUUUUCCCUUUGAUCCAAUGUUGGAUAGUUGCAGAGAUCUUUCAAUUUGCCCACUUCCCUCACCAAACAGCAGAUAAAGUCUGCUUGACCUCAGGCUGUGCUUGCUUACAAUGAGCUAGGGCUCAUUGCAUUGUGCAUUACAUGGCAUAAGCUCAGGUUAUUUUAAAACUGUAGAAUAUGACCCACCAUGAGCAAUGCUGUGGGAGGCCCACUGGCAAGGUGUUUUAUCCUCCACUUCCCUCGGGGGUGGGGGGGGGGGGAGCAAUUUUACAUCAGCUUCUCUCCACCACCAGAAUUGGCAUAUUUAAGCAAGUUUGAAAAGCCCCAGUCAAAGCCGGUGCCACCCCUCCAACCACCAAAGGUGUGUGUCAUAAGGGUCUGGUGACCUAUCUAUUCAGAGCUCUGAGUUUUUUCAGAACCAACUCUCUUUCUAUAUUUAUCUCCAACAGUUGUCCCAUAUCGUCUGGUUAUACCUAAAUUUUCACUUCUACUACAAUUCAUUAAAAAAAACACUAAUCUUUGAACCUCAAUCCUCCACAGUUAAACAUGCUUCAUCCUUGAGUGCUUAUUCUCCCUCUUUAUCUAUUCUUACUUUUGAUAUGCUUAUGAAAGCCUUUAUUCUUUUCCUUCUCUAUCACCUGCAAGUCAAUUUUUAAUAUGCCCUUUUAAGCUUUCUAAUCUCCCCUUUCACCUCAAGAUUAAUUUUAUCAUAUGUGCCCUUUUAAGCUUCAUUUUAGUUUUAAUUUCAGUAUUUAUCCAUGGAGCUCCAUUUUUUUUAAUGCUUUCCCAUAAAAAUAUAUUUAGUUUGCUUUCUACCCAUUUUGCUGUUUAGAUUUCCUGCUGCUGGUCCAUCGGCAUGCUUGCUAAAAUUUCUGACCGGUGAAUUUAAACUACAUCCUUGCCAAAUUUUACUUAUCCAGGAAAUUGUACAGCUAGAAAUAUGAUUUUAUUGCUGUCGCAAAUGAAGCUACACCUCUGUCAUAGCUUCGGUAUUGCAUCCCUCAUUGUUCCUUUUUUAUUCACUAACGAAAUGUGGGCAUCUCUGGCAAGGCCAGCAUUUAGUGUCCAUCCCUAAAUUCCCUUGAGAAGGUGGUGGUGAGCCAACGCCUUGAACAGCUGCCGUCUGCGUAUUAAAGGUGCACACUGCUUUUAGGAAUGGAGUUCCAAGAUUUUAACCCAGCAACAGUGAAGGAACAGCACCAUGCUUCAAGCCUGGAUGGUGUGUGAUUUGGAAGAGAAAUUUGCAGGUGGCGGUGUCCCCAUAUACCUGCUGCUCUUGUUUUCCCAUGUCGCAGGUUUGAUGUGUGCAGUCGAAGAAGCCUUGGCGAGUUGUUGUAGUGCAACCAUUAGAUGGUUUCUAACUCUUCACUUUUUUGUUUUGAAUAUUUUGUACUUUCUUACAUAUACCACUCAUUCUGCCAAUGUUAGUUUUGAACAUUGACUUAUAUUCUGUUCACCAAUUUUCUAAUUUAAGGUUUUAUUAUCCUUUGCCCCUUCUGCACCAGUUUUUAUAUUUCUACACCUUGUAGUCCCUUGCUUUCCUUCUUUGGUGCAGGAUCCAUUUUAGAUGUUCUGUUUAUCCUUCUAGAUAUUAGAUGGCCUAAUCUACCAUUGUUAAGUUUUUAGUCAAUGUUUCAUUUUGAAGCAGGGAUUGGUAAUGUUACCUUGUUCCACCUCAGUCAUUAAGAUUGAUUAUGAAACAAAAUAAUUGCAGUAGUUUGAGUCCUUGGCCUAGAUUACCCCUCUCCCAUCUUGAGGAUAAUGUAGUGGAAAGUGCCUUCCAUAGAAAACAUAUGUGAAAAAAAACAAGGGUAUCACUUUCAUAUGCAAAUAAAAUGAAUUUCUGCUCUGCAGGAAUUAAAUAGUUUCAAUCUAAGUCUCAGUCAUAUACCCCAUUUUCGCUGCGGAACAGAUUUCCACUGGGUCACGAGCAGGUUGAGCAACAAUUGAUAAUUGUGCAGAGUGACACUUUCAAAUUGGUAAUGCUGGGGAAAGCUCUGUACAGGACACAAAUGACAAAAAUGGUCUGGUGAACUGCACAAGCGCAUUCAGGCUGCCUGUGCCCACAUCCAAGGUAGUGGACACAAACCUAAUUACUCGUGGCAUCUUUUUUUCAAAAUCACCAGCAUCUGCAAACACCAGAUGAAACCUCCCCUGAUGCUUCCAAUGCUACUGAUGUUGCUUAACUCAUUGGUUUCCUCUAACAAAAAUGUAGCCUGGGGCAAAUAUGUAUAGAAAAUGGGAUGAAUUUGUAUAUUUUUUAGCGUAACUUAAGCAUACAGAAGGCUUUUCAUCUUUUAAGCCUCCUCAUGACUUUUGAACUGCGUUUUUGAAUUUGAGAACAGUAUCUUAAUUCUUUGUAAAUUUUUAUCUUUCUCCUGUUUUAAGUUGGCUUGAUGAAGUGUUCAGAUUUUGCAACUUUUCUGUGAUCAAAUAUAUUAAUAGCAGUUUGAAAUAUGAACUGAAUUUUUAAAUAAAGCAGUCGCAAUGUCUAUUAAAGUAGAAUUUAAAAGCUCCACAUGCAAUAAAUUCAUUAGUGUUUGCUUGGUAAUUUUUGUUACAAGUACACGUGAUCCAAGAAGCGAUGACUUGUUUCUUCAGAAUCAUUUGGAAAGUUCUGAUGAGCAAAGCUUCCAGUAGCUUUUGAUGCUAUGAAACAGACCUGGCCAUAUAUUUCCCAAAAUGCCAGCCUUUUGUACUCUCUUGUCGUGUGACAUCCCUGCCUACCUCUCUUUCCUUUCUCUCUCUCUCGCUCUCUCUCUUUUUCUCCCUCUCUCUCUCCUUUUCUCUCUCACUUUCCUCCCCUCUCUCUCUUCCCCUCUCUCUCCCUCUCUCCGCCCUCUCUCUAUACUUCCCAACUCUUCACCCUUUCCACAAAAAGACUUCAAAUGCAAUUUGGCAUAGCUGUACUGCUCUGUUAUUCUAUUCCCGUAUGUCUUCUGCAUAACAAAUCUUGCUGAAAACAGAUGCUAGGAAGGAAUUUAUUAACUGAAAAGUAAAAGCUGCAUACCUAAAUAAAGAAAUAUGGUUUUAUGCACAAAGCAUCAAUUAAAUUCAGGCUAUAUUACAGAUGACUUUGCCCUACAGUUUAUUCGUUAGGGUUUUUAGAUAUUUAAAAGCUCAAUAGUCAAACUUUCAACAUGAAUGGUUCUCCCAAAAACGUCCUAUUUAUUUUACUUUCAUACCUCAAAUAUGUUAUAUUGUGCGCAUUUUCAUCAUGUGAAAUCACUUGAAUGAAGCAAGGUUGAACGUUGUCAUUAUUUCUAAUGAUUUGUUCGCAUUGAUAGUCUAAUGCUUCAAACAAAAAUGUUAUUUAUCUUAGAAAACAUCAAGUACUAUGUUUAUUUUCUUAUUUUCCUAUGAAAGUGCUUAUAUAGGUAGUAAAUAUAUAAAUGUACAACAGG